AAGCAAGCUUCCAAAUAGGGCCUUGUGCAGUAGUCGAUCACUUCGAUAAGAGUGCAGCUGUGUUGUUGACUGCAGAGGUUGGCAUUUGUUGAUCGUGUGAUCUGGCCACAGAUGCAGGCCCUACUGCAGCCAAGAGCAGAGCUUCUGCGAUUCUCCGAGUCGAGAUGCUCACCUUCAACAACAUGCAGCACCACAAGCGCCUCUGUGUGCUGCCCACCCACUCGCAGAUUAUCACACGGGCAUUCCCAGCACAGGCUUUCAGCCGCGAAGCAUGUUGUGAGGGCAGCAGCGGCAGCACCUGCCAAGGUGGACAUCGACUCGUGGGUGCAGGACUCCAGAAGGUCCAGGGAACAGUGGCUCGAGGAGAGCGCGCUCGGCGCACUGAAAACAGCGGUGGAGGCGUUUGAGCGGCCGGCGUUUCCAUGCGCGCUGAUUGCCGGUGACGUGGUCAUUCUGAACCUGCUGCACCGGCUGGACUACCUGGAGUCUGGCCGCGUGCCCAUCAUCUUCAUUGACACCUUCCACCUCUUCCCAGAGACCCACGCCUUGAUGCACCGCCUUGAAGAGAAGUACAAUUUCAAGGCCAGCGUGUUCCAGGCCGCUGGGUUCACAAACGUGGCCGAGUUCAAGAAGGCGCACGGCUCGGACCUGUUCAUCCGUGACAUUGAGGAGUAUGACCGCAUCUGCAAGGUGGAGCCGUUCCAGCGUUCUCUUCAGGACCUGGAUGUGGACGUCAUGAUCAACGGCCGGCGGCGCGACCACGGCUUUGAGCGCGCGCACCUCGAGGUGUUUGAGGGAGGGUCUCCGGUGAAGGCGAAUCCGCUGGCGUGGUGGGAGUUCAAGGACUGCAUGGACUAUUUGAAGCGCCACGGCCUUGAACGCCACCCCCUGCACGACCAGGGCUAUCCCAGCAUAGGCGACGUCCAGUCAACCGUGCCCGUGCCAGUCGAAAAGUGGUACGAGUAUGCUGGCGAGCGCUCAGGCCGCUUCCAGGGGCUGCAGAACCCGGAUGGCAGCGUCAAGACAGAGUGCGGCAUCCACGUGGCAGACGAUGUCAAAGGUUAG